AUGGAAGAACGUCUCACUUUCAACACUAAUACGAGAUUCUGGCCGAAAAUGUGUCACAAAUUGCCUCACCGUACUGCGGGGCAGGUUCGUAAUCGAAUCAAAGUGUUGUUCGAUCCCGCAAUUUUGAAAGGACACUCGAAGCUUGCGUACAAGAAACCACACCAAUGGACGAUGAGUGAUACAGAGAAACUGCUCAAAUACUACAAGAUCUAUGGCAUGUCAGCGUCGGCUAUUAAGAAGAUAGGCGAGCUUAUGAAACUGCCCAUGCAUACGUGCCAAAAUCAUUUAAGAAACAUUCUGGAGCGGACGGGGCCUGUUCCUAACUAUCUUCUUAAAAAACUUUGGGUCGUCGUAACGAAGCAAACUUCGUUCGAAAGUGGUUGCGCCUUUGAUAGGGUCGUCUCUAAAGCUAUACGAAAGUGUCGAUUAGAGGCUGAAAAUCAGUACGACAAGCUCAUUCCAUGGAAUAAGGUUGCACAGCAAAUGGUGUACUCAGUUGAGAAGGUCACAGAUGCUUGGCACUGUUUAUUGAAAUCACUCCAAAGCCACUGCAAUGAGCAAAAAGAAUGUGGCAAAAGUUCCAAGGAAUCCUGGAAAGAAGCUAUGAGA